UCUCUCUCUCUGAAUUCAAGAAGAUGUCAGCGAUUCUCCGAUGGAGGAGGCUGAGUGACGCCGCCGCGCGAGGCAUCGCCGCCGCCGGAGGCGGCGCAGCACCCCGGCACGGGCUCUCGCAGCGGUCGCCGAUCUGCACGCGACGCGGGGGGGCCAUCGCCGUCGUCGCCGUGGGUGGCCGGCGGCGGGAGCUGCACCGGCAGGAGCGGCAUAAGUGGGAAGGGGGUGGAGGUCCCGAAGAGCCCCCCCAGACCCUGCGGAUCCGGGCGGAGGCCCACUGUCCCCGCUGCUCCAAGCACAUGGAGGUCCUCUUCUCCCACCGCCCACCACCGCCACCGCCGGCCCCCGCCACGUCCGACCGCGGCGGCGGGUUCCAGGCCGUCAAUAUAUGCCCCAACUGCAGGACCGCCUUCUACUUCCGCCCCCAUCGGCUCGUCCCCCUCCAGGGGAGCUUCGUCGAGAUCGGGCGGGUCAGAAGGGACACUCCCGAGAAGGAAAAGGGCGGUGGAGGUGAGGGAGAUGAGGAGAUCGGGAAUCGGAUAAGGUCCACGUUCUGGGAGACGCUGAAGGCGACGUAUGGAGGGGAGCCGCCGGAGAAUUGGCCGCCUAUGCCGCUCCCGGCGCCGGCGCCGGGGGGCAAUGGGCUGGCGGUGCAUGUGCCGCCCGGGCCGCCGAAUGUGAAUGUGGUGAAAGUGGGGGGAUACAGAAAGGGCGGGGGAGGCGGGAAUUCAGGCGAUGGGGGUGAGUUUGGUGGGAAGGAGUGGUGUGGUGGGUCGAAUUUAGGGAAGGAUCUGCCGACGCCGAAGGAGAUCUGCAAGGGGCUCGAUACGUUUGUAAUUGGCCAGCAGCGUGCUAAAAAGGUCCUAUCUGUGGCUGUCUACAAUCAUUAUAAACGAAUCUACCAUGCAUCCUUGCAGAAAGGGUCGGCAGCUGAUCCAGGGAAUCUUGAGGCUAAAAUCGAUGAUCAUGUAGAGCUAGAGAAAAGCAAUGUGCUCUUGAUGGGCCCCACUGGCUCGGGGAAGACUUUACUUGCAAAAACAUUAGCCCGCUUUGUGAAUGUACCAUUUGUUAUUGCAGAUGCAACUACGCUAACACAGGCAGGUUAUGUUGGAGAAGAUGUCGAAUCAAUAUUAUACAAGUUGCUUACGGUUGCUGAUUUCAAUGUGCAAGCAGCUCAACAAGGGAUAGUGUAUAUUGAUGAAGUUGAUAAGAUCACUAAAAAGGCUGAAAGCCUAAAUAUCAGUAGAGAUGUAUCUGGUGAAGGUGUUCAACAGGCAUUAUUAAAGAUGCUAGAAGGAACUAUAGUCAAUGUUCCUGAGAAAGGAGCUCGCAAGCAUCCUCGUAACGACCAUAUACAGAUAGAUACGAAAGAUAUUCUUUUUAUAUGUGGUGGUGCUUUUGUUGAUUUGGAAAAGACCAUUUCAGAAAGACGGCAUGAUUCUUCGAUAGGAUUUGGGGCACCUGUACGUGCAAAUAUGAGAACUGGUUGGUUAACCAAUGCUGUAGUGGCAUCAUCCUUACUGGAAUCAGUUGAAAGUAGUGAUCUUAUAGCAUAUGGUCUCAUCCCCGAAUUCAUUGGACGUUUUCCAAUUUUAGUUAGUUUGUCGGCUCUAAAUGAAGACCAACUUGUUCAGGUGCUAACAGAGCCAAAGAAUGCUCUUGGCAAACAAUACAAGAAACUGUUUAGCAUGAACAAUGUUAAACUGCAUGUCACAGAGGCUGCUCUUAGGGAAAUUGCAAAAAAAGCAAUGGUGAAAAAUACAGGUGCACGAGGCUUAAGAGCUAUUUUAGAAAGUACUCUUACUGAAGCCAUGUAUGAGAUUCCAGAUGUAAAGACAGGAACCGAGCGAGUGGAUGCAGUUGUGGUGGAUGAGGAGGCCAUUGGUUCCCUCGACAGACCAGGCUGUGGAGCUAAAAUUCUUCAAGGAGAUGGUGCAUUAGAACACUACCUUUCACAAAAUAAGGCAGACGCUAACCAAUUGGAGGGUGACUUGGUGGGAGACCGUGAUCUUGCAUCCAGAGCCAUCAACCUGUGAUUUUUUUUAUCAACUUCAUUAACCUGAAACGUCUCAAUUUCAUUUGUUUAGAUGUAAUUAUCAUUGUUGUAAACAAACAUUCCUUUUUAACGAAUCCUUGUAUACGAGCAUUGCUUUUCAAGAAGCAAUGUUAUGCUAAUUUAAUGUACAUGUACCAUUUCUCAAA